AUGGAGUCUGUUGCCUCCAGCUCCUCUCCACCAAACCACCACCACCCCCAACGGCCACGGACACGGUUCAAGCCCACCCAGCCCUUUGCGGACCGUAUUGUCCGCGCCCUCCACCACGACCUCCGCCUCCUCCACCGCAGCGAAUCCACUUUCUUCAUCCUGGGCGCCACGGGGAACGUGUACACCGUGGCCUUAUGCGCCACCCCUUCAUGCACGUGCCCUGACCGCACAACCCCAUGCAAGCACAUCCUCUUCGUGUUCCUCCGAGUGCUCGGCCUUCCCCUCGACGACACGUGUCUCAGGAGGAGGACGCUCCGGCCGUGCCAGGUUAGCCGCCUGUUGGGGCUGCCGACGCUGCCCGAAUCACUGGCUGGUGUAAGUGUUCGACAGAGGUUUCAUCAGCUGUUUUUCAACCAGGGCUCGUCAGCUUCAUCGUCAAGAACAAGGCCAAGGGAUGUGGAGAUUGAAGAGGGCAGAAGCUGCCCCGUUUGCUUGGAGGAGUUGGGAAGGGAAGAGAGAGUGGUGGCUUGCGGGACAUGCAGAAACCCAAUUCAUGAGGAGUGUUUGAUGAAGUGGAAGAGGAGCAGCGGGAGGAGGUCGGCUUAUUGUGUGAUUUGUAGGGCAAGGUGGAGGGAUAUCAAUAGGACGAUGGAACAAGACAAGUACUUGAAUUUGACUGCUUAUGCUACGAGUCAUGAUCAAAAAGAUGAUUCUGAUGAGGGUCUCUGUGGUGGUGGUGGGUAA